UCCUGCAGGCUCCAGCGAAGAUCCCAGGUCCCCGGGCAUCUUCUCCUGCAGUUUAAAGACUCUGAAAUUUACAUUUGGGACACAAUGUUUUUCCGAGUGUUCAUUGCGUUUAUCUGUUUCUAUACCAGGAUGUCAGAAGGUACACAGGUGACUCAGCCACCUGUGAUAGUUGCAAACAGGCAUGGAGAGGUCACACUCAUAUGUAACUAUACUGUUUUUGGAAAGAUGGAAGAGAUUCGCUUCAGUCUCCUGAAGAAAACAAAUGCCCAUAUUUCAGAGAUUUGUGUUUUCUCAUUCAACACUAAAUAUGAAACUGUUGCUACUGGAGACAAGAUCACUUGUUUAGGCAUUCCCAGCCCACACCACGUUACCUAUAACAUCUCAGGGCUUCAAGUAGAAGACACAGGCCUGUAUACUUGUAAAAUGGAAGUCAUGUAUCCUCCUCCUUAUCGGACUGCUGAGGGGAAUGCAACUCUUGUUUAUAUCAGUGAUUUAACAAGUCAGUGUGCACAAUCCAUGGAGCCAGAAGAAGCCAACUUGUACAAAUGGGCGUUAUUCACAAUCUUUGUGGUUUUGUUCUUGUAUAGUUUCAUUGUCACAGGUUUCCUACUUUGUAAGAAAAGAAAAAGAAAAUAUGAUACUGGAUAUUAUGAGCAAAUACUACAGUCACACUACAAGAAUCAUCACCCAUAUUAUGUUCAAUUCUGAAUUUUUAAACAGGUUGGAAACCUCAACUUUACUGUACGAAACAUUAUCAAUUUUUGCAGUAUCUAGCUGAAUAAAGUACUUUUUAAGAACGAUUAUAUUAUAUACUUUGGGCAUCUUAUUGUAGCAUAUAUUUAGUCUAAAGUCUACUAUAAACCAUGUUGGGUAAUUCUUUUAGGUAUUGGCCUUUAAAAAAAACUCAGUCUCACCAAAGGAUUCCUUAUGAAUCAUCCUCAAAGCUGUGGGUGUCUGGGUAAACAUUACACAUGGAUGUAUAAGUAUUAUGGCCUAUAACAAGCAAGAUGUUUUUGAAGUUAUUUUGUGUUGUAUCAUGAGGCUAUAAAACACACCAAGUGGUUUCAGCAGGGUUUACAUUUGUCCGGUGAUCCAACAUCAUCAUCCAAGUGCCAACUCAAAAAACAUUGCAUGUAGUGUUUUUUUUUUUUAUCUGAUUAUACUACCCUGGAGGACUGUUAUGCUGGAGGGUCUAUAGGUGUGGGGUUGUGCUACAUUUUGGCCUAUGUGGCAAUGGAUGGGACAUAGCAUACAUGGGUUUUAGUGUGUUCCAUCUGGUGUUCCUAUCUGGAAUAGCACUGGAUCGCUAGAUAUAUGUGAGCACGGCCUAAGCCACUGCCUUAUGUCUUAAAUAUACUCCAAAAAACUAUAUGUAAACAUAGCAACAUAAAGUUAGUAGUUAUUUUACUAGUUAUACAUUAUAGCUUUUUACUUACUCAUUUUCAACAAAAUCCAUAUAUUAACCUUAUAUUUUUUUAAUCUUUUUCUUCUCAUUGGAAAACAUAGAACAUUGCUCAUCUUAAAGGGAAUGUGACAUCAGAAAAUGACUUAUUGUUAAAAUUUCAAGUUUUAAUGUUAAACUGAUUUUUCUUGUACAAAAUGUUAGUGUAGGAAAAAGAAGAAAUGUCCAGCGCAGCUUUCUCAGA